CACUUAAAUGCAGCUCCAGGGCUGCAAGGCACCCAGCAGCAUCUCUCCCUGCGUGAGCAGACAAAUGCAACAUGCUCUCCAGCUUGGCUUGUCUACUUCUCUGUGGGAGCAUUGCAUUUGCUCUGGGAAAUGCACAGAAAUUGCCAAAAGGUAAGAAGCCAAGCCUCAAAGUGCAUAUCAACACCACGAGUGACUCGGUCCUCCUAAAGUUCCUGCGUCCAAAUCCAAGUGUGAAGCUUGAAGGUUUUCUUCUGGGAUAUGGCAGCAACAUGUCUCCAAACCAGUACUUUCCUCUCCCCACAGAAGGGAAAUUCAUGGAGGCUGUAGUCGAUGCCGAGCCUAAGUAUCUGAUAGCUGUGAGGCCUGCUCCCCCUCCAAGCCAAAAGAAGUCUUGUUCAGGUAAAUCUCGUCCUCGCAAACCUCUUCAGCUGGUAGUUGGCACCCUGACUCCAAGCUCAGUCUUCUUAUCCUGGGGUUUCCUCAUUAACCCACACCAUGACUGGACAUUGCCAAGUCACUGUCCCAAUGACAGAUUUUAUACAAUUCGCUAUAGAGAAAAGGAUAAGGAAAAGAAAUGGAUUUUUCAACUUUGUCCAGCCACUGAAACAAUUGUGGAAAAUCUAAAGCCCAAUACUGUUUAUGAAUUUGGAGUAAAAGACAAUAUAGAAGGUGGAAUUUGGAGUAAGAUUUUUAAUCACAAGACUAUUGUUGGAAGUGAGUACAGUAAAAACAAAGUAAACGGGAAAAUUCAAAGCACCUAUGACCAAGUUCACAUGGUGCCAGCAUAUGUCCCAAGGAAGCUGAUACCAAUAACGAUCAUCAAGCAAGUGAUUCAGAAUGUUACUCACAGGGCUUCAAGUAAACCCCCAGAUAAGACUCCCUUUGGAGGAAUGAUACUAGUCCACCUUGUUAUUCCAGGUCUUAAUGAAACUACUGUAAAACUUCCUACAUCUGUAAUGCUUGAGAUCUCAGAUGUCCUCAAGACACAAUUAGCUAAGAAUGAAACCCUGGCAUUACCUGCAGAAUCUAAAACACCAGAAGUGGAAAAGAUUCUAUCACCGCCUAUAACAGUGACUCCUGAAACACUCCCAAGAACCACUAAACCCACAGUGUCUAGUGCACUAGACAUUUCAGAUACAAUACAAGUGUCAAGUGAAAAGCCUUGGAUGUCACCUACGGCUAAAAUGUCUGAAGACUCUAAAGUUGUAGUUGUGCAGCCUCAAACUGGAACUUAUGAUAUUUUCUUGAGCUCAACAACUUCAGAUGAACCUGAAAUAGAGCCCCACACAGCAACAAGUGAUCCAACUAUGGACUCUGUUCCACCUAAAACUUCUAGAACUCUUGAACAGCCACGGGCAACACUAGCUCCAAGUGAAAUGCCACUUGUUCCUCAAAAAGUGAAAGCCUUUACCAGUCCUGAAAUGCAGCCUACAACACCUGCUCCUCAGCAUACUACAUCUGUCCCCUCCACAUCCAAACAACGCCUCAGACCCAAAACACCAAGAGUCAAACCUGCUUCUCCAAAGACCAAACGACCAGGUCGUCGCCCCCAUCCUAAAACCACACGUAGUCCAGAAGUGCCCGUGUCCAAACCUGACUCAAAACCACCAAAGCAAUUUCUUCCUAAGCCCAAAGUCACAGCAGUACCAGAUAUGCCACCAACUAAGUCCGCCCAUGAGCCUGUUACAUUUGAGACUGAAGUCCCCUCCAUGACCAUAGUUCCUACCACAGACACUGGAUCUGUAAUUCGGAGAACUGGAGCUCCAGUGACAACAUUAGUUCCUGCUACAAUCCUUGAACCAGUUAUUCUUAGAACUGAGGCUCCAAGGACAACACUAGUUCCUAGUGCAGAGCUUGAGCCUGUGACACUCCGAACUGAGACCUGGGUGACAAGAAAAGCUCCUAAAACAUCAAAACGGCCCCGUCAUCCACGCCCCAAACCUAAAACAACACCAACCCCCGAGGCUCCUCAUUCUAACCUGGUUCCUGCUACAGAUCUUGAACCUGGUGAUCAUAAAACUGAAGCUCCAGAAACCAUGGUUCUUACUACAGCCCUUGAAUCUGUCAUUCUUAAAACCAAGGCUCCAGAAACAACAUUAGCUCUUAAAACACAACGAACAUGUCAUCCACAUCCCAGAUCCAAACCCACAGCAAGUACUGAAGUAUCUCAAACCAAAUCGGUUUCUGAUGUUCUGGAAUCAGUUACACUUAGUACUGAGUCAUCAAAGGAAACAAUAGUUGUGGAAUCUAUUACAUAUGUGUCUGAACUUCCUGAAACGACACUAGAAACGUCUCCUCUGCCUUCCCAAACUAUAAUCCUACCCAGACCAGAUGAGCCUCAGACUGAAGCUGCUCUCAGACAGACACCACGUGCUCCCCCCAGGCCAAAAUCAACACCUCGUUCCAGGAUCCCACAAACACAACUAGUUCCUAAGGGGCCCCAGCAUGCUACCUCAACACCAAAAGUGUCACCAAGUCCAGAACUGUCAGACACUACACCUGUUCUGGAAGAUGCACUGCUGUCUCAUAAACCAUACCCUGAGGUCUCUCACAGUGAACCUGCUUCUUUAGAGACAAAAGGCACCCCUUUUAUACCUAUAAUUUCACCAAGUUCCAGUCAAGAGGAACUACAAAACACCCUGGAAGAAAUAGACCAGUCUACCCAGGAGCACCUCACAACUAAGAUUUCACGAACAACUGAACUGGCAAAGACAACUCCAGCACCACAUAGAUUGUAUACUACUCCUAUGAGACCCAGAAUACCUGAAAAACCGCACAUCAGACCCGUCAUAAACAGGACAUCUACAAAACCUAUUAAACCCAAACCCAGUAGGAUGCCCAGUGGAAAUGGAAUGGGAACAGGAGUCAAGCAAGCACCCAAGCCAUCAGGAACUGGUAGAAGUGUGCCAGUGGACUCAUAUUCCACAAAAAAGCCAGCUACAAUCCCAGGGACUCGUCUUCCACCUAUGCCACCUAGACCCAUCCCCUCUCAAAGAAAACCUUUACCACCAAACAAUGUCACCGGAAAGCCAGGAAGUGCAGGAAUCAUUUCCUCAGGCCCAGUAACUUCCCCACCCCUAAGGACAACACUCAAACCUACAGAAACCCCAUCAAAGAGACCAGAGAUAGAUACAAAGCAACCAACAGCUCCUGCCUCUAAAGAAGUACUUGGUAAUACAACAGACUUUAGCUCGAGUCCAACAAAAGAAACAGAUCAACUUGGGAAGCCCAGAUUCAGAGGUCCUUAUGUGCGGUAUAUCCCAAAGCCUGAGAACAGUCCCUGUUCUAUCACCGACUCUGUCAAGCGAUUCCCUAUAGAGGAAGCCCCAGAAGGGAAUGCCACCAGCUCGCCACAAAACCCACCCACCAACCUCACUGUCGUCACUGUGGAAGGGUGUCCCUCAUUUGUCAUCUUGGACUGGGAAAAGCCAUUGAAUGACACAGUCACUGAAUAUGAAGUUAUAUCCAGAGAAAACGGGUCAUUCAGUGGGAAGAAUAAAUCCAUUCAAAUCACGAAUCAAACCUUCUCCACAGUAGAAAAUCUGAAACCAGAUACAAGUUAUGAAUUCCAAGUGAAACCCAAAAAUCCACUUGGUGAAGGCCCAGCCAGCAAAACAGUGGCAUUCAGUACUGAAUCAGCUGACCCAAGAGUAAGUGAACCAAUUUCUGCAGGAAGAGAUGCCAUCUGGACUGAAAGACCCUUUAAUUCAGACUCUUACUCUGAAUGCAAGGGCAAACAGUAUGUCAAAAGAACGUGGUAUAAAAAAUUUGUAGGAGUGCAGCUGUGCAACUCUCUCAGAUACAAGAUUUAUUUGAGUGACUCCCUCACAGGAAAGUUUUAUAACAUAGGUGAUCAGAGGGGCCAUGGAGAAGAUCACUGCCAGUUUGUGGAUUCAUUCUUAGACGGCCGCACAGGACAACAACUCACUUCUGACCAGCUACCUACCAAAGAAGGUUAUUUCAGAGCAGUUCGCCAGGAACCUGUCCAGUUUGGAGAAAUUGGUGGUCAUACUCAAAUUAAUUACGUGCAGUGGUAUGAGUGCGGGACCACAAUACCUGGGAAAUGGUAGAUGCUGCAGACCACGCUCCCAAGGCUUCAUUCCAGCAAGGAAACUAGUGGGAACACUAUGGCAUACGUCACAUUCAUUCAGAGCUACUUUGUUUACUGUGUACAAAGUCUGUAAUCCAGUAACAAUAUUAGAUGUUUACUAUUAAGGAAAGAUUACUGAGAAUAUUUAUCAGGUUUUACAAAGUCAUUAUAAAUAUGCAAGAUAUUAAUAGAAUAACAUUUUUAGGGAAGCUGGCUCCCUAUUCAUGUUUUAAGAGAUCAUUUGUAUAUUAUUUAUCACACUGUUGUAAUAUUUUGAGAUACUUUUAUUACAAAAUUAAUAUCAAAAACUUUA